CGCUUCUUUAAGCUUGAGCGGGGAAAUGUAGCUCUCAGAGGCUCUGCUCUUCUACCGUUAGAUGUAAACAACCUGACAGGACUCUAAGCGAAAUGUCGAAACGAAAGCAGUUUCUGGAGUCCGUCCAUCAUGAGCACGUCCAGGAUUUUCUGAACUUCAUCAGGUUGCAUAAGGAUGGAGCGGAUCCGUUUGACCUGGCUGAGGUUUUGCCGGAGCUGCAGAGGAGUCAGAGGCAGGAGUUGUGGGAGAGACAGCUGAAGUUGCUGCAGCACAGCCUCACUGCUCACCCUCCAGAGCGCUGGAUCACUGGAGCCGACGAGGACGCAGGCGACAUGGAGGUAGAGAUUUCUGAGGAACAGAUACAGGCAAUGGCAGUAAUAGAGGGCGUUACAAUUGUUUCUACAGUCUCUGUAGACAUUUUGCAGGAAAAUGACAUUUAUACUUCUCUUCUCGAAUGUGCCCAGAUGCUAAACAGUAUAGAAUGCGCUUUGCCACUGUCACACACACCCCUCCAGCAGGCUAUUCAUUGGCUGUUUGAAUGCUGGUGGAGACGGGAUCUAAAAGGGAAGGAGGAGCUUGGAUGGACUGCUUUCCUUGUCUGUUUGGAGAACACUGUUACACUUGAGAAACCGGUCAGUGAGCUCAGAAGGCUCCGUACUCUACGAGAGGUGCUUCUCAGUGUAGACUUUGCAUCUGAGAGAGGGCAGCAGGUCAUUGAUCCUCUCCUCCAGUGUUUCUUCAGGGUCUCUCAUAUUAAACAAGAAGAGGGGAAACGGUUCCUUGCCUUCCUUUUUUCUUGGAACGACAACUUCAUUCGCAUGAUUCAUGAAACUAUUAAGAAUCAGCUGCAGUUUUUCCCAAAGAUGCUGUCUGUUCAUGUGGCUGAAAUUUACUUCAGAGCAUGGAGAAAGGCAUCAGGUUCUUUUCUGGAGGAGAUUGAGUCCACCUGCAUUCAGGACCUAAUACAGCACGCUCUGUUGCUGCACAGAAACUCACCUGUACACAGUAAAGUCAGACAGGUCAGAGACCGUAUUUCACAGAUCCUUACUUAUUUCCACAAGCAGAAGUUUCGUGAGGGUGUCGAUGAGAUGCUGCACAGACUCUACAAGCCAAUUCUGUGGAAAGCAUUAAAGGCCACCAAUGCUGAGGUUCGUGCCAAUGCUACACUGCUCUUCACUGAGGCUUUUCCCAUCCAUGACCCCAGCAUGAGCAGUGAGAUGGUGGACCAGGCUGUUCAGAAACAACCGAUUUACUGUUUGUAUGCUCUCCUUGAUGACCCACAGCCCCUCGUGCGCUCUUCGGCAGUGCUGGGUGUAUGUUCUGUCCUGGCUCGUUGCUGGGAGGUAAUCCCAUCCACAAUUAUCACUGACCUCCUGGAGAAGCUCAUCCUGCAGCUGGCUAAUGACACAACCUCUCCAGAUGUCCGCUGCUCCGUCUUCAUGUGCAUGUCUAUAAUUCUGGAUAACAGUUUAAGUCAUCCACUCAUGGAAAAACUGUUACCUGCUCUGAAGAGUAGCCUCCAUGACAGCUCUGAAAAGGUGCGUGUUGCCUUUGUGAGCAUGCUCCUCAAGAUCAAGGCUGUACGGGCAGCCAAGUUUUGGAAAGUUUGUUCCAUGCAGCACCUGCUGGCUCGAUUGGAAAUGGACUCUCCUCCUGUUUCCAAGCGAAUUGUCAGUCUUCUGUUCAACUCAUUCUUUCCAGUCAACCAAUCAGAGACUGUCUGGUGCGAACGAUGCGUCACUCUGAUUCAGACAAACCCCGGGGCGGCUCGCAAGUUUUACCAGCACGCUUAUCUCUACACGGCUCCUGCUAAUAUAGUCAAGCUGAUGCUGGUGAUCCGAAAGUGCCUGAAUGUGUGCAUUCAAAGUGCAGGAGAUAAUGAGUUUGCAUCUAGCAAUAAAGAAAACAGCACGGGCAGUCUGGGUGUAUUGCAUGACUGUUUUCCUCUCUGCAGGAGUAAAGCGAUGUCUCACUUGAGGAGUUUGAAAGCGGGCACCGCUGUGAUGUCAUACAGUCUGUAUGUGGAUUGUCUCUGUAGCUGGGGGCAGAUCAGCCAUAUUGUGGAGCUGAUAGAGAACUGGCUUGUGGAGGCUGCACCUAUGAGAGCGCAAGGUGAUGAAGAUACAACUGGCAAAGUGCAUUUUGAUGGGCUGGAAGAGUCGAAACCAGAUCUGGGCCUAGACUAUCUGGAUUAUCUGCUCCUGCACCCUAAAACACGAGACUGUCUGUUCACACUGCCGCUGGAUCAGAUCAGACCGCUCCAUAGGGCCCUCAACAAAUGGAAGUCACUGUUGUUUUCCUCCCUGAGCGGAGAAGAGGUCAGAGUGGAAUUCAUUGAGACAGCGCUGAGAGCUUUUAUCUUCCAUGGCCGACUCAGUAUCCAUCUUCAACACAAAUUCCCAGAGGAGCGGGAGUUCCUCAAAUCCCUGGAGCAUUCGGUGUCCUGGGUAGAGAAAAGAGUCCUUCCUUUUCUGGCCAGCUCCAGCAGUGAGCAACAGUUGUCCUUAAGCAGGAAGACCAUAGAAAGUUGUUUAACAGUGUGCAAGAAUGUGCUGCGGGUUUCUGUAGGAGACAGUGAUUUCAGAGACCAUUUACUGCAGCAUGUUGCCUCUGUACUGCAGACAGAGAAAGGAUACAUGUGCACUCCUCAUGUGCUCGCUCUGCUUACUGAGGUGGCACAGGGCUGCCUUUCCCAUAAGGCUGAAACACAGGAAGAUCAAUCAUCCCUCACUAUCCGCAUUUUGACCAACAUCUUCCAGAAAGUUGUGGAGAUCAUAGCGCAUAGACUACGUAAAGACAAGGAAGAGGCUCAGGAGCUGUGUUGCUCUUCUGAAGAAGCUCUUUAUGACUUCUUGCUGGUGACUAAGUUUACAACUGAGAGGUCAGAGUUCAUCACAGGAGUCUUCUCAUCACUCUGUGCAGCAGUUAUUAUUGAUAUCAGCCGCACUUUGCAGAAGAUCUCUCAUGUGGAAGAGGUGUUGACUCCAGAGACGGUUAAUGACCUUCCACCUCUCUCGAACACCAUACUCAAAGUGACGCUCAAAUCACCUGCUGUUACCAGGUUUUUUCUGUCUGAAAUAAGCUCCUCCAUUGAGUCAGAGGUCAUCGAUAGUAUCACACAAUGGGCUGCAGUUACACACAUUUUGACCAUCAUCAAACAAUCUGAUGCAUUUAUUGUGGAGUUGAAGGAAAUUGCUUUGUCUGUACGCAGACAAAUACAGAGCCACUACAACAUCACUGCAGAAAACUCUGACAAUAUACAGAGGUCCAUCUAUGAAUCCACUGUCAGGAUGCUGAAUGACAUCCUAAAUCCAUGCCAACAACCAAACAGUUAAAUAGGCAAGCUAAUCAUUUAGAGCUUGUGCAUAUUCCCACAAAAUUCUUUAUUCCUUAUUUUGUUCUCUCAACUGUAUACUGUCUUGCAUGUUUUUGUUUUCCACUCUAUAUACAAGAACAUUCACUAUAUAAACAAAACUUCCAUAAAACGUCACCUUGGUUCACUAGGAUCACUAUUCAUUUUAUUUUGUUCACUUUCAAAUGCAACAGUGUUUCCAUUGCAUAUAACUGUAGUUUAUAAUCUUAUCAAUCUACUAAAAAUCUUCUAUUUUGAAGACAUUUCAGUGAAUCUGGUAUAUCCUAAGAUGAUACUUUUAAGGUUUAAGGUGUCUUUGAUGAGAUAUGUCCCUUCUAUUGACCUUUUCUGCUUUAUCCUCAGAUCCAUUCCAAAUACUGGUCUGAGAUGUGUUGUUAUACUUCUACUUUCCCUAUUAAACCAUAGAAGUGUACAGACAAGUAAUUGCUAAAUGUAAACUCUGAGAUAUGUAUAUGUGAUUGAUUUUUUUUUUUCUAAUCUGAGGUCUUUACAGUGUCACAGUCUAUAAUCAUGGUGUGAAAUAAAGAAAAAGCACAUUAGAUUAAAUCUGAUUUUGAAGAAA